AAGUAGUUAUAAUUUUUAUUAGAAAACGGAGCCAAUAUAGCUGCUGUGAACAAUGAAGGAGAACUUCCUGUUGACCUUGCAGAAGAAGAAGAAAUUCAAGAAAUGUUAGAAGAAGAAAUAGAUAAACAAGGUAUUGAUGUUGAAGAAGCAAGGAACGGUGAAGAACACAAAAUGUUAGCAGAUGCCAACCAAUGGUUAAAUAGUAAAGUAGUCAAAGAAAAAAAACAUGACAAAUCAGGAGCCACAGCUUUGCAUGUUGCUGCUGCUAAAGGUUAUAUUAAAGUCAUGAAUUUACUAAUACAAGCAGGUGUGAGUAUCAAUGCACAAGACAAUGAUGGUUGGUCUCCACUCCAUGCAGCCGCUCAUUGGGGGCAAAAAGAAGCAUCAGAAGUUUUAGUUGAAAAUAUGGCUGACUUCGCACAUAAAAAUAGCUUAGGAGGUACAUGUUUUGAUGUAGCAGAUGAAGAUAUGUUGAAAUGGUUAGAAGAACUAAAGAAGAAACAAGCAUCAAUACAGAAAGAUGACAAACCUGCAGCGCCAAGAAUUGCCAGGGCACCACCACCUCUAAAAAGAAGAUCCUCAGUAAGUCGUAUAAAUGUUAACAAGAAGGAACUCCUUAUGCAUCAAGACAUGUCUUCUGAGCGCAAGCGGCUUGAAGAGAAAAUACAUGGAAAG